ACUGUCAUUCACACUCGCCCACGGACGCACGCGCGCGGUGGUUUCCAGUUUAUCCCGGGACGCGCGCACACACGGAGGCCGGUUGGAUGCUACUUAAACGCGGUUGUGGAUGUUUCUCAUUUUGACUUUUGUUUUUUGUUUUUUUUUGUUAUCCUUUUAUUACUGCGACAACUUUGGUUGGACUUUGAAAUCACGGCGCGGAUGGGUGACCAAAGCACGUAGUCGCGUUCCCGAAAAUAAAAUAAAAUAAAAUAAAUAAAUACGCAUUUAAUCGGGAAAAUGAACGAUUCUGUGCUGGAUAAAUCACUCCAUCCGACUAAAGGACUGUAAGUCUCCCUGCCAGUGCUAACCUUGAAGAUGAAGAUAUAUCCAAGUGUGGGUUUGCUGGUGGCACUGUGGACCCUGGUGGUUCCUGGGGGUCAGGCUUGCCCCAGGAGCUGCAACUGCUACCAGGCCAGCGAAGUCCACUGCACGUUCCGCUCCCUGCUCGCCGUCCCUCCUGGAUUGCCUGCGCACACACGUCGCAUCAACUUGGGGUUCAACAGCAUCAGCAGGAUCCAAGACAGUUCGCUGGCCGGGCUACAGAAGUUAGAGCUUUUGAUGCUGCACAGUAAUGACAUCCACCACCUGCCGGAUGCACUGUUUCGAGACCUGAAAUCACUGCAGAUACUAAAACUGAGCUACAACAAGCUGACAGAAAUCCCUUCAUCCCAGACUUUCUCUGGCCUGACCUCGCUACUGCGUCUGUACUUGGAUCACAACCACCUCCAGUACAUCCACCCUAGGGCCUUGCUCCAGCUGCCAAACCUCCGUUUGCUCCGUCUGCAAGGAAACAGGCUGCAUCAGCUGCAUCCCCACGCUCUCUGCACACUUUCCCUACUGAACACAUACUACUUUUCAACACUCCGGAACCUUGAUGUGUCCAACAACAGUUUAAGCACACUGCCCAGGGCCACCUUGCAGACUGCGCCAAUGCUGGAAACAGUAGCACUUCAGGCUAAUCCCUGGAGCUGCGACUGCAGCAUGAGUUGGUUUCCCGCUUGGCGUUUUGCUCACCCAGAUUUGAUGAAAUGUUCCGGAGGUCUUCAGUGUCCAAUAUGUGAAUCACCAAAUGCCCUUCAAGAUCAAGGCUUGCUUGAUCAGAAAGAGCUGACCUGCACCUCCCCAGUCAUUACCCUGUGGGGAGAAGAGACACCUUCUGAGACGGAAUUCAGCGAAAUUGAACCAAGUGAAUCCUUCAGGCAGCCUUUAGGCACUGCUUCCCUCGGCCUGUCAGAUCAACAGGGAAACAGUGUUGAACUGCGCUGCAACAUCACUCAUUUGGCGGACUCUCAGGAUGUGUCUCCAACUCCAGACCUCUCCCUUCCCUCCUCUGCACCUGUUGCUAUGGCUUUGUCAUUCUCUCUGGAGUGCCCCGUGGAGAGAGCGAGCUAUGAGAGUCUUUGGAGGAUCUUGGCUUACUAUAGUGAGACCGCAAUGCAUCUUGAAAGGGAACUCAUGCUGAAUAAAGCUCCAGAGCUGGCUUACCGCUACAGGCAGGCAGCAGAGACAGAGGGGUAUUAUAAUACUGGAGUCAAAGCCUCUGUCGCAACAGGACCACACUGGUUAAUGCAGCCAGCUAUUGGUAUUCAGCUUAACAGAUCACAGUCCAGCCGAAACACAGUCAGCCUUAUAUAUUCAACAAGAGUUUCUGCUCACCCUGACCCCACUACAGAUCCUGCUACAUCUACCACAGCUUCUCAUCCAUGGGUACUCAUUUUGACUAAUCAUGCCACAGCAAUAACAGCUGCCGCAGGCUCUACAAUAAAGCUCUCCUGCCCACUUCUAAGUUCUGGUCAUCCCAGAGUACAAUGGAUUCUGCCAGAUGGAUCCAAAUUUAUCUCUCCAUCCAGUAGUCAAGAUGGUAGGAUUCAGGUCUCUGGCUCUGGGCUACUGUUACAAAAUGUAGAGCUCUCAAAUGCAGGAAUUUACUACUGUAUAGCCCAGGCUGGCAAAGAUUCAGAUGUUCUAUCACUGCAUCUGGCAGUAGAAGAGUCCUCUGCACCACCAAAAGGUGAGAAAGUUGGACCUCCCGUCACAGGGGUAAUUGGACACCCAGUCAGCCUGUCCUGCAAGGCCUCUGGUUCACCAGACCCGCACACUUUUUGGGUGUUACCAGAUGGGAAUAUAGUGCGAAAGGGAUUAGCAAGAUUAGGUGGAUUUAUUAUGCAGCCAAAUGGGAGUCUCUUUUUUCCUAACCCCAUGCUGAGAGAUACUGGUCAUUAUCGUUGUGUUGCUGUCAACCAGUAUGGUAGUGCCUCUCUGUCCAUGAGCCUAGAAAUAAACUCAAGGAAGAGGCUGUCACUUGGAGAUGUUCCAGGGGGGCCACAGUCAGCCUCUGGGCGAUCAACAAAGAUACGAGCGCCAUUACUACACCAAAUAGAGGAAGGAUCAGGGGAUGAAGUAGAAGAAGAAGAGAGAACCAUUUUAGUCCACCGGAAACAUUUAAGUCCUCUUCAAAAAUCUCCAAACAGACAAAAGCAAGUCAGGAAGCCCAUAAGACGAGGGCCUUUGAGAGAAGGUCCCUUGAGGAGAGGAGGGAGGCCUCUAUCACCUGAGCAGAGAAGAAAUCGUUACACCACAAACAAACAAAAAAUUGACCCACUAAAAUGGGCUGACCUACUGGCAAAGAUACGGCAAAAGACCACAGUCACAAACAAUAGCGAGGACAUCGCAACAGAAAAGCCCACAGCAAAAUCAUCAGGAAGAGAGCAGGACAGAGAAAUACAUGGGGGUGGUGAUAACACAGAGACAGAAGGAGCAGCUGGAUCGGAAAUGGAGGGCUCAUCAGUUGAUGAUGCUGUCCUGCGAGAGGAAAGGCUACAGCCCAUUUACCCUACUCACACAGUCGCAGUCACAACGCAAGCACUUACUGAGUCAAAAACAAGCACUAAGAGUGAAGAGUCCUCGGAAACACAGAAACAUGAGAAUGGGGCUAAGAAUGUGACACCACCACAAACAACAACACAGACAGAUCUAGUCACCUCAAAGCCAACAUUCGGAACUAAUGAAAUUGACCCAGAUCCAGCUGGGGGAGCGGAAAAGGGAGCAAAGCCCACCUCCUCAAGAGUCAGACCUUCAAAACCACAGAAGGGACCAGUGCCUAAAUUUGUCCCAAAUACACGGCCACAAAGCCCUUGGAACUCUCGCAGACGAAUCGGGCAGCGGAGACGAGUCAUCAGCAGGACAAGGGGGCAAACUAUGACACCACGUCAACCUCUACCUGAUUCUCUCAACCCAACAGCAAAAAGUGUGAUGCCUGACACUACCAUCACUGAAAUGGUGACAACCAUAUCUUCACCUACAAAGUUGGAAAAGACUGAGAAUAUUAAAACUCCUUUUUCAACAACAAACGCUGAGAUAGUAAAUCCUCCACCUUCUUCUGUUUUUACCACUGUUGGUAUCACCACUUCAACAUCUGACUUGCCCGCUCCAACUCUUUCCUCCCCCACUUUAUUACCCCAUUACAACACAGAGACAAAUACAGAUGUGAUGACUCAUUCAGGCAACAUACCAGACAGUGCCAAAUCGGUUGUCUUUAAAUCACAAACACCGACAGCCACUUAUUCUCACAGCACACACACAAACACACAGACGACCUUGAGCCUAAAUGACGAUGGGUCCUCGGGCGAAAAGGGUGAAGGGGUGGAAAAGAAUUUGUUGGACGUCCCGAAUGUAUCUCAAUUCUCCACCCUUCCUGUAGCCACCCUCUCCUCCACUGUUUCCUUGACAACUCCUUCAAUUGGUCUUACAAAUAAUCCUAUGACUACUUCUGCUAGUGACAAAUCUGUUGCAACUUUUGACGACACACAUCCAACAUCGACUACAUUUACUCCUAUGACUGCAAACCCAAUUCCAUUGACUUUACCCCCCAUGAAUACCCCUGAGUAUCAAACAACUGAAAGUGCCACAACAUAUUCAACUCUUAUAUCUACUUCUCCUACAACCGUUACUUAUUUAUCAACAACCCUCUCACCUACAACUAGUUUCAAUAGUACAGAUAAUACAGAUACAUUCAAAGAUAUCCAUCCAACUACUAUCCCUGCGCUUUCUACUUUAGAAACUAGCACUCCUACUUCUAAAAAAAGUGCUACUCCAGCCAAAAUUCCUAAGAGUGAGACAAAAUCCAGUGCAUCUUCCAUUUCUCCCACAAUAACAACAACAGCAGGAUCAAGUACUGCUGCAUCAUCCGGAGAAAGGCCAAAUAUUGUCCAGGUCAGCCCCAAAGGGAGGCCUGUGUCUGGCCAGAGUCGACCCCCAACUGAGUGGAGAAACCCUGGAGCUAAUUUAAUUCCAGAUUCACACAGCAGUAGGCCACUGUGGUCUCCAUCGCCUCUUCCUGCAGCCCCACGGUCUCCAGUUUUAAGAUCCAGGCCAAGGAUUGCAGACCCACAUAUCAGAACAGUGUCAUUCCCAGCAGGAAACGUUGCCAGGCUGACUUGUGAGGCUCAAGGAGAGCCGAAGCCCUCCAUCACAUGGACCAAAGUUGCCACAGGAGCAAUGAUGUCCGUCCAUUCCAGGGCUCAACGGUUUGAGGUUCUGCCAAAUGGCACCCUUGUUAUCCAAAACGUUCAGCUACAAGACAGGGGCACAUACAUUUGCAGUGCACACAGCUUCCUUGGUCGUGACAGGCUGCUAACUACCCUGGAAGUGUGGACGCGCCCGCCUCGAAUGCAGCUGGCUAGCUAUAGAGAAGCCAUGAUCCAUCAAGGUGGGGAGGUCCACCUGGAAUGUCAGGCCAGCGGUGUUCCUACCCCUCUGCUCUCUUGGAUUCUUCCGGACCGCUCCGUCCUGACCUCCAGAGCCAACUCCAGCAAUCGAAUCAACAUGGACACAAAUGGAACUCUCCAUAUUUCAUCAACGUUACAAAGUGAUCGGGGGGCAUAUCGCUGUGUGGCCUCCAACUCAGCCGGUGCCGCCAGUGCUUCAGUGCGCUUACACGUGUCAUCGUUGCCCCCGGUGAUACAGCAACCUAGAGAGGAACACCUGCUUUUGGCUCCAGGAGGACCUCUUUAUGCUCACUGUACUGCUAGAGGGGCCCCGUCACCAACUUUGCGAUGGCGUAUUCCAGAUGGAGCUCUAGUUCGGCCCUCCCAGUUUCUCCAUGGCAACCUUUUUGUCUUGCCAAACGGGACACUGCAUAUUCGAAAGGUCGGGCCUAAGGAUGCUGGGAAUUAUGAAUGCACCUCUUUUAAUGCAGUUGGAACUGAUAAGAGGACGGUGAGAGUGGAAAUUAAAGAGGGGGCACAACAAGUAGAAGUGACGAGUGAUAGAAAAAACAUGACAAUUUCAUCCCUUCUUCUGAAAAACAGCCAUCCUGGCUUCCAGUCAAAGCCGCUUGACUCUGCCAGAUUGACCCCUCUUGGUCCCAAAUCCCCAUCUUACUCUCAUCAGCUAAUUUAUGCUGACUCAGCCUCUAAAAUCAAUAGAACAGUCAUCACCUCUCCCGCGCAAUUGACUAACUUGACAAAAACGUCCGUGGCGUCACAUAACACCACACUCAUCGCACACACAUCUGACAAAGGCAGAGCUUCAGUUAUUUUACACUCCUUGCCAGUCUCUCCACUCAGCAAAGCCCGAAUUGUCUCAACCUCGCCCUCUGUCACUACGGUUUCUUACGGGGAGAGUCUGCAGCUCCACUGCUCUGUAACAGGCAACCCAUCCCCGAUCAUCAUUUGGCGGACCCCCAACAGAAAACUGGUGGAUAUGCAUUUCAGUUUCGACAAACGUCUGAAGGUGCACCAAAAUGCCACACUGUCAGUCCAUUCAGUGACAGAGCGUGACGUUGGUGAUUACCUUUGCAUUGCACGCAACAAGUUCGCUGAUGAUUAUCGCCUGCUGCGUGUGUCCGUGGUUAUCAAGCCUGCAAAGAUUGAGCCAAAGCAGCCUUUCAAUCAGAUGGUGUCAUUCGGAAAGGCACUGAAGGUGGACUGUUUGGCAUCAGGAUUACCAGAUCCGGCAGUCAGUUGGAGUCUACCAGAUGGGACCAUGGUUAACACUGUGUUGCAUGGGGAAGAAAGAGCAGGGCGAGGACGCCGGCUUAUCGUUUUCAAUAAUGGAACAUUGCUGGUUCCAGCUGUGGGCAGGGGAGAAGAAGGCGAGUACACUUGUUAUGCUGAGAAUCAAGGAGGUCAAGAUACCAUGAAGGUUAAAGUCAAGGUCAUGAUGACAUCUCCACCUACCUUCGAUGAUGACAAACGUUAUCAAGUCAUUAAAGUACGUCAGGGAGCUACAGCCGUCAUUCGCUGCCAUGCCACUGGGGAUCCCUCACCAACAGUGACCUGGUUCUCCCCGGCACAUCGCGUCAUCCCAGCCAGUUCUGGUUUUUACUCUGACCGGGUUGUGGUGGCUUCUGCUGGAACUCUGGACGUCCGUCAAGCCCGCAAAAUUGACGCAGGAAAUUAUACAUGCCGAGCAAGCAACUCUGCUGGGGAAAGAAGCAUGGUAGUAGGCCUCGAGGUGGACGUUCCUAAUAAUGGAAACAAUGGCUAUAGUGACAACAAUGGCUGGAUAAGAAUCAUCAAUGGAUUUAACAAAGCAACUAGUAGUCUUAUUCCAGCCCGAAUGAGUGAUAGUGAAAAUGGAUUAAAAAGGCCUAUUAGUGGAAUCACAACCCAGCUUGAUCGUGUUGUCAGCGUGGGUGUGAACAGUGGUGGAAAUACAGGCAUAAAAGCAGAUAAAAGUCCAAUCCUGAAUAGAAAUGCACAUGGAACUUUGAAUAGUAGGAGAAACAGUCCCAGUUCAGUUAAAGAAGGAAGUGAUGCAAGCAAUCUUGGGGCGAGAAGCAAUGAGGUCGCAGCAGGAAAGACUAACAAUGAUGCAAACCCCAGUAGGGAUAUCAGCAUGAUAAGCGGCCUUUCUAGAAAUGGCGUGUUUACAAGCAGUGCUACUAACAAUGGUGAUGGUAGAGCAAGUUGGGUCAGAGGCAACGCAGCAGUGACUAACGACAAAAGCAGGAACAUCGCUGCCAGCACCGGCAAACUCGUGGGUGUGGUAACAACUGGGAAGCAGCGCAUAAUGAAAGGCCAAUCUGUUCUUUUGCCAUGUCCGUCUCAUGGAUCCCCUCCCUUAGCCUGGUAUCUGCCUGGUAAUGGUGUGCUCCCAGCCCCUUACUAUGGCAGCCGGCUCACAGUGCACCGAAACGGCUCCCUGGAGCUGCGGGGUGCUAGGGUGAGUGACAGCGGUAUUUUGGUGUGCGUGGUGAGAGGUGACAAAGGAGAGACCAGGUUUCAAGUGGAGCUGGAGGUCUCAGAGCCGCAAGAAGUAUCGCGCCCACUCCCGUCUGUGGCACCUCGCUCAGGAGCAGCACAACAAGCCUCUCAAUCGAGGCGGCUAUUACCUGAGGUGCCUCAUCCCCCAAUUCCUGUUUCUCAAAAACCGUUGCAACGUGGGCCAUCCUCACUCAUAGCCACUGAUCCAGUAGGUCCUCCCUCACCCUCUGCCAUCUCAGCAGCAGCAGUGAGCAGCCAAACUGCUUCUCUGAUGAGCAUUACAAAUGGAGAGACUCUUCGCCUACCCUGCUCUUCUUCUCAAGCCCCCAAAAACACCCUGGGCUCUCUUACCUGGACUUUUCCCAGCGGCAAGGUGUUGUCCAAGGGUGACAAAGGGGACUCUGGUCGGUACUUCGUCCAAGAGGAUGGGACACUGGUGAUCCAACAGACAACCGUGUUUGACCGAGGCACUUAUACCUGCAGACAUGCUAGCCCAGAUACUUCUUCGGUUUCAGUUGUCACGGUUCCCGUCAUCAUCAUUGCCUACCCCCCACGAAUUACAACAGGACCCUCACCUGUGACCUACACACGUCCUGGCGUCGCCGUGGAGCUGCCCUGCCUCACCAUAGCAACUCCCAAGGCGGUGGUUACCUGGGAAACACCAGACAUGACACAGCUGAGGGUGCUGGGUCAGGCUCGUAUCUAUGGUAACCGUUAUCUCAGUCCUCGAGGUUCUCUGGUGAUACAGCGACCAUCGAGCCGGGACACGGGAUUUUACAGGUGCACAGCCAAAAAUGUGAUAGGGGUGGACACCAAAACGACAUAUCUGCAUGUUAUAUAACGAGGUAAAGAACAUGCACACGGCACCUCUGUUACUGACUUAAUUCAGUGUGUCCCUCAUGCCCAAAGGAACUGCAAAGUUUUGUUGAGAUUCUGUUGAUGUUGAAGACCCCAGUACAAUACAGUCUAUGUGUUUGUUUUUGGCUGAAGUAAGUUUCAGUGAUUGGUGUCUCUCUGUUCUAGGUUCUUUGUUUGUACACAUACAUCCAUUUACUAAAUGUGCAUUGUCUUUAUGUUAGGACGAAAAGUCAUUUCAAAAUGGUGCUAAAGUUACAAUAUUUAUGAUUUUAUGACGUGCAACACUGUGUUUUUUUUCUUGGCGAUUACAUAUAAAUCAAUCUGCUUCACUUUGGAAUCCUGCCACUGCAGGAUUAAUGACCUUUUGCACUUGUUUGUAACUCAGUAACUGCCAAAUUUAACAAUGCAAAAGCUCAAACAUGACGCUUCACUAGUCUCAAAUUCUGAAUAUCUUGGAUAAAUAUUACCAGUAGUCUUUCAUUUGUAAUUCAAAUGCAGUACAAAUUGAUGAUCUAAAAUGAUUUUUCUUGGGAUUUCUCAUUUGAUCAAUUUGAUUCUGAAAGACAAAGUUUGCCUGCAUCUCAGAAUUAAGGCGGCAGUGUGAUAAGGCUUAAAAAAAACAUUCCAAAAUAUGUUUGCAAGACAAAUUGCAUCUUUGUAAUUAUUAUGAUGAUAACAAUGGUGUUACUCCAAGUAUGUGCACAACGAUAGCAGCUCAUAGCAAUCUUUUUUGAAUUGCUUUCAUUUUAAGUUAAUGAUCUAGUAAGGACUAUUUUAAGACCAGAGUUUGUUUCCUUAUGACAGGUGCGGGGAACCUUCAGAACUGUGGGCCAAAUACAGCCCACUGGAGCAUUUGGUCCGGCCCGCAAGGCAAUUCUAAAAAGAAACAAUAUAUUUAUCAUGAUAACAUUACUGCAUCAUGUUUUCAUACAUUUGGUAUGGCCCUCUCAGGACUGUGUUCAAAAGUGAUGAGUAAAAGGACCCCCAGCCCUGCCUCAUGAGAAAAAGAAAAUUAUAAAUGUUGAAUCUGUCAGGCAACUAGGAAGUCGUAUAUUUUUACAGCAGCAAGUUAUUAAUAAAAUGAAGAAUAACAUAUAAUCUGUCUUAUUUUUUUCUUUUUUUCCCUUUAUCUUAAGAAAACAAUUUGUAUAUUUCAAACUCAGCCGUAGAACCGGAAGUGAGAUUUUGUACUGCAGGCAGGACACAUGAUGAUAGCAUAUUGUUUUCACUGGAAACUGCAAUAAAACUCUCAUGAGCCUGCAGUGCCAACGGAAAGAC